AUGGCUCCAAUUAAUGCGACUGCGUUGAAUGGCAGCAAGGAAUUUUCUCCUGCAAAAAAAUCCCUACCCGAAGUGGAUACAGAAGGUGGCAGUGGCAAUGGAAACGGGACGAAAGGGUACUCUUACGAAACACUGUUGGAGACGGCAAAUUUCUUACUAUCGCGUACAUCUAUUCGGCCAAGCAUCGGUGUCAUUUGCGGCUCUGGGAUGGGUUCGUAUUGGAAACACGGUUCCCUGGCUGAGAAUAUAACUGAUGCGGAGUGCAUUCCUUACGAGGAAAUACCAAACUUCCCAGUAAGCACUGUUGAGGGUCACCAUGGACGGUUAGUUUUCGGCCGACUGGACGGUGUACCGGUAGUAGCUAUGCAAGGACGCUUUCAUUACUACGAGGGCUACCCGCUAUGGAAAUGCUGUUUACCCGUUCGAGUCAUGAAACUUAUUGGAGUGCAGACACUUAUAGCGACUAACGCAGCUGGAGGCCUGAACCCUAGUUAUAAAAUAGGUGAUCUAAUGAUUGUGAAAGAUCAUAUAAAUAUGAUGGGUUUCGCCGGAAACAAUCCUUUACACGGCCCAAACGACGAGAGAUUCGGACCUCGCUUCCCGCCUAUGAACAAGGCCUACAAUUACCAGUAUAGGAAUAUUGCAAAGGAGUUAGCGAAAGAAUUAAACAUUGAGAAUAUCGUGAGAGAAGGAGUGUACACAUGCCUCGGUGGGCCAAAUUUUGAGACUGUCGCUGAACUUAACAUGCUAAAAAUGGUUGGCGUUGACGCCGUUGGCAUGUCCACUGUGCACGAGGUUAUUAUAGCGAGGCACUGCGACAUGAAGGUAUUCGCGCUGUCCUUGAUCACGAAUGAGUGCGUCACGAGUUACGAUCAAGAUGAUGAAGCCAACCACGAGGAGGUUUUAGAUGUCGGAAGAAUGAGACAAGACAUCCUUCGCAAGUACGUCUCCAGGCUAGUCUCGAAGUUUGCAGAGUUGGAAAAU